CCUACCUAUACCACACCACACCACGCCCACAUCGCCCACCCACAGUCGCCCGCCGCCCUGCCCGCCUCCCCAGCGUCUCCCGUGCCUCCCCACCACACCCCCCGUCCACCGCCAUGGCGGACAGCAUGGAGGGCGUCGUCUCCGAGGCGCCCACGGCCGAGCAGACACAGCAGCAGACGGAGCAGCAGGCCAUCGCCGACAUCCGCGCCAACUUCGCGCUGCUCGAGCGCGCCGUGGCCCAGUUCGACUCGCGCUUCGCCCUGCGCGCGCUGCGGUCCAUCUCGUCGCUGCGCAAGCGCCUCACCGACCGCGUGCUGUGCUCCGUCAUCAUCCUCACCUACUCGCCCAACAACGCCACGGCCCGCACCUUCAUCGAGUACAUCGGCAUGGACGGCGCCGCCAUCCAGAGCGUCGUCGCCCAGUACAAGGACGAGGUGCAGGCCAACAAGACCAGCGCCAAGGAGCCCACGCCCGAGGUCGACGUCUACAUCGCCAUCCUGAUCCAGGUCUACCUGUACGACCAGAAGGACCACGACGAGGGCGCCGAGUUCUCCGAGAAGCUGGUCGACAAGAUCCGCGACAUGAACCGCCGCACCCUCGACCCGCUGGCCGCCAAGGCCUACUUCUACUUUGCCCUGUUCCACGAGGAGCUGGACCCCAAGCCGCCGUCCAAGCAGUCGCCCGUCAUCGACAUCCGCGGCAAGCUGCUGGCCGCCAUGCGUAGCGCCGUGCUGCGGAAGGACCCCGACACCCAGGCCUCGGUCACCACCCUGCUGCUCCGCAACUACCUCUCCACCGCCGACAUCACACAAGCCGACCUGCUCGUCGCCCAGACCCAGUUCCCGCCCAACGCCCCGAACAACCAGGUCGCCCGCUACCUGUACUACCUCGGCCGCAUCCGCGCCAUCCAGCUGUCCUACACCGACGCCCACGAGCACCUCACCAGCGCCACCCGCAAGUCGCCCUCGGGCAACGUCGCCACCGGCUUCUACCAGGCCGCCAUGAAGCUGCUGAUCGUCGUCGAGCUGCUCAUGGGCGACAUCCCCGACCGCGACGUCUUCAGUCAGCCGCGUCUGGAGCGCGCCCUCGAGCCGUACUUCCGCCUGGUCCGCGCCGUGCGCGUCGGCGACCUGCAGGGCUUCCUCAAGGUCGUCCAGACACACUCCAAGGUCUUCCACAAGGACCAGACCUACACACUGAUCCUGCGUCUGCGCCAGAACGUCAUCAAGACGGGCAUCCGCAUGCUGUCGCUGUCCUACUCGCGCAUCUCGCUCCGCGACAUCUGCAUCCGCCUGGGCCUGGAGAGCGAGGAGUCGGCCGAGUACAUUGUGGCCAAGGCCAUCCGCGACGGCGUGAUUGAGGCCUCCAUCGACCACGAAAAGGGCUUCAUGCAGACCAAGCAGGCAGGCGACGUCUACGCCACGCGCGAGCCGGGCGAGGCCUUCCACGACCGCAUCCGCGCCUGCUUAACCCUGCACGACGAGUGCGUCAAGGCCAUGCGCUAUCCGAUGAACCAGCACCGGCUGGAGCUGAAGAACGCGCAGGAGGCCCGUGACCGCGAGCGCGAGCUGGCAAAGGAGAUCCAGGAGGGAGACAUCGACGACGACGACGCGGGCGGCGACUUUGACGGCUUGUAGUCUGUCAAAGUGCUGUAGCAAGCUUAUAGACGUGACGGCGAUAGCAGUCGCCUUAAUGAUGCAUGAAUAGAGCCACUCUGAGAUGUGCCAGACAUAACCUUGAGACAUCAGAUACCGUGAUAUGCCAGAUGAUGUGAGACAUCAGAUACCGUGAUGUGUCAAAUACCUGUGAGACAUGCGAGAUGAUUGUGAGAUGUGCGAG